CCGGGGCCGGGGCCGGGGGCGGCGCUGCGGGAGGAGCUGCUGCUGCGGCCGCUGCCCGCGGGGGACGUGGCCGCCGCCUUCCAGUUCCGCACGCGGUGGGACGCCGACCUGCGGCGGGGGGCCGUCUCUCACUACAGGCUCUUCCCGAAGGCGCUGGGGCAGCUGGUGGCGGCGCAGGGCGUGCGGGAGCUGCACCUCGCCCUCACGCAGGGCUUCUGGCGCACCCAGAGCUGGGGGCAGCCCCCCCUGGGCGCCCCCGCCGGCGCCGAGCUCUGGGUCUGGUUCCAGGACGCCGUCCCCGACGUUGACAAAGCCUGGAAAGAGCUGAGUAACAUCCUCUCGGGAAUCUUCUGCGCUUCCCUGAACUUCAUCGACUCCACCAACACGGUCACUCCGACAGCGUCCUUCAAACCCCUGGGCUUAGCCAACGGGACGGAUCACCGGCUGCUGCGCUACGCUGUCCUGCCCCGGGAGGUCGUCUGCACAGAGAACCUCACGCCCUGGAAGAAGCUGCUGCCGUGUGGCUCAAAGGCCGGCCUGGCCGUGCUGCUCAAGGCUGAGCGGCUGUUCCACAGCAGCUACCACUCGCAGGCAGUGCACAUCCGCCCCAUCUGCCGGGAUGCUUCCUGCCUGGCUGUUUCCUGGGAGCUCAGGCAGACCCUCACUGUGGUCUUUGACAGCUUUACCAGCGGCCAAGGAAAGAAAGACUGGUCCUUGUUUAAGAUGUUCUCUCGCACUCUUACUGACGCGUGUCCUCUGGCAUCGGAGAGCAAGGUCUACGUUGACAUCUCCCCUAAGAACAAGGAAAAAGAGUUACUGGAAGUGACCCCCACUCCAACAUCCGUACACGAAGCUGUUGUCCAGGGAGACAAGAGAACCUAUGCAGUCUACGACCUGCUCAGCCCCUCACUCUUCAAUUCAUCCCGCAGCCUCAACGUGCAGCUGAAGUGGAAGCGGCCCCAAGACAGCCAGGAACUGUCAACACCCGUACUCCACGCUCAGCGCUACGUAAGUGGCUACGGGCUGCAGACUGGCGAAAUCAGCACUCUCAUCCACAACACUCACCCGUACCGGGCUUUCCCUGUGGUCCUGCUGGAGACUGUGCCGUGGUACCUGCGGCUCUACGUGCACACCCUGACUGUCAUCACUAAGGGGAAGGAAAACAAGCCAAGUUAUAUCCACUACCAGCCAGCCCAGGACCGCAAACGGCCUCACCUACUGGAAAUGCUGAUCCAGCUUCCAGCCAACUCUGUCACCAAGAUCACAAUCCAGUUUGAGAGAGCCUUACUGAAGUGGACGGAGUACACGCCUGACCCGAAUCACGGAUUUUACGUCAGUCCAUCCGUGCUUAGUGCCCUGGUGCCCAGCGUCAUUGCAAUGAAGGACGUGGACGUGGAGGAGAGCCCGCUCUUCGCCUCGCUCUUCCCUUCCUCCGACGGCUCCAGCUAUUUCGUGCGCCUCUACACGGAGCCACUGCUGGUGAACUUGCCGACGCCAGACUUCAGCAUGCCGUACAACGUCAUCUGCCUGACCUGCACCGUGGUGGCAGUGUGCUACGGCUCCUUCUACAACCUGCUGACCAGAACCUUUCACGUGGAAGAGCCAAGCCGGGGAGGGCUGGCCAAGCGGCUGGCUAACAUCAUCCGUAAGUUCAGGGGCGUGCCGCCCCUCUGAGGGCAACCAGGGCCGCCGGUGCUGGACACAGGGCUCGGUGGAAGGCCAGAGCUCUGUGGGGAGACCCAGGGAGGAGAGCGCUGCUGCCUCCUGUCUUUGCUGCCUGCGUCUCUCCUGGGUCCUACAAGCUGAGAUUGCUUCCGUGAUUAAGAUGGAAAAGGGCUCUAAGCGCAGUAACUCCCAAACUGCAUUCACACAGGAUUAGGAAAUGUGCAAGUCGUCUGUUUGGGUGAGGGGUAACUUAUUUACCAGGAACAAUGCUGGAAGUAAACUUGAGCUGUUUUGUACAUUUGUGCUGCUCGUUGUUUUUGCUUUCCUGACCCCACAGGCAGAGCUGAUCCCAUAAGACACUGCUGAGUGUCUAGCAGACUGCCGUGGUCGGCUAGGGGAAGAUGCAGACAGUCUAGGGGGAAGGGGCAUGGUCUGCACUGCAGGAAUGGUUUCACCUGCUCUGCCAUCACAAUUCCACAGUUGCCACAUUGCAUCGCCCUUCUUCCAGACUCCAGCACAUUUGAGCCAGUUUGCAAAUUAACCUCCAAACUAUCUGCUUGUCCCCUCUUUCAUACCAGGAGGUUAUUUCCUUUUUUAAAAAAGCCAGGAGCAGAGCUUUCAUGCGCGGUGUUUUGAAACCCCUCCACCUGCUUACCCUGCGCAGCAGCUCAAGAUCCUCCAUCCUUUUCCCCGAAGCUCUGCCUCUGCCAUAUAUUUCUGCCUGUCUGCGCCACGUGGUGUCCCCAAAGCCUUGAGGAGCCUGGGCUCAGCAGCCCCCCAGCACUGGGCUGGGAGCACAGGAGCAGGGAGCUGACUUCAAGCAGGUGAACAAAGCGCAAGAACCUCAGCAGGAGCAAUAUUGCAAUGAAUUGCUCUCAGCAACUGCCCGAAAGGAAGGUGUGGGGAGCUGGGGGUCGGCCUCUUCUCGCAGAACAGCCCACCGGAGGAGCUGCUGAAGACUGUUGGGAGCACAUCUGACUGCUGCUGCCACAGGGCCCCGGCCAGCCGGACACCAUGUACUGCCUUCAGUGGUUGCUGCCUGUCCUGCUCAUACCCAAGCCCCUCAACCCAGCGCUGUGGUUCAGUCACUCGAUGUUCAUGGGCUUCUAUCUGCUCAGUUUCCUCCUGGAACGGAAACCUUGCACGAUUUGUGCCUUGGUCUUCCUGGCAGCUCUGUUCCUCAUCUGCUACAGCUGCUGGGGGAACUGCUUCUUGUAUCACUGCACAGGAUCCCAGUUGCCGGAAUCAGCUCAUGAUCCCAGCAUCGUGGGCACCUAGAGAACGAUAAUCUGCCAGUCUGCUGACAGCUCUGGUUUUGCUUUUUUUUUAAAAAAAAAAAAAGGGGGGGGGGACUAGGGAGGAGGGGAGGGGGUGUUAGGCAUGUGACUGGAGUAAGAACAGCCUGUUUCCUGUAAUGUGUGUGGACUAGAGUGGUAAAUUCCUGACCAGCCCUCCCACUCUGCCUGUGAAAUUUGACUUGUUUACUGUGUGAACUCUGGCAGCACCACCUGCUUUUUUAGAAGCAGAAAUCUUUUUCUCUUUUUCCCCUUCCCAUAUCACUGGGAACGGACACCAGCCCUCCUAACUGAGAACUGGUGGAGGAAAGAGCUGUUGGCUUCUGUCCAGCUGUUGCAUGGUGGUGGAGCUGCGUGGUACUCAUCUGCAUUAGGCCACGGUGGUCUAACUCGGGGCUCCCGGCCCUCUGACUCUGCUCAAGUAGCUACAGGACCCUCUCCAGCUUUCUGUUUGUGGGGAGCCAGCCUUCCCGCCUUGCUGAUCAAGGGAAAGCUCGACAGCUCGCAGAUGCACUUGGCCAAAAGCUGCUGGAGCCAGAGGCAGUUGAGUCAUCUCCUCCCGCUCAGCCUGCCAAAGAGAUGCGCGCACUGCCCAAGUGCUUUCUGAACUACUUACGCUCCGAGAUCAUAGCCUGAAAGCCUCAGUUGUGCUGCUGCUUUUAUAAAGCCUCACAGGCAGCGGAGGCUGCCUCUUCCCCUGCUAGAUUUCCAGGGUUUACUGAGGUAUUGACUGUUGGGGUAAGAAACUGCUAUGCUGCAAGACGUGGGGUUUUCAUAGGCGCCACGAGCCUCACCCCACAAAGCUCGCCGCUAGCCCAGAAGGCUGGGUGUGGGCAGGGCAGGAGAGGGUCCUGCGGUGGAGGCGUAGCUUGGAGCAGUGGCUGCUUCGGCUGCUUUUGGUGACAGUGUUCUCAGGCCAGGGGUGACAGAGGGUGCUGGUGCUAUGCAGUGGGGAAGGAGAGGCCAGAGGGGCGCCCGGUGCCUCCAUCUCCCCUGGCAGAAGGAUGUCAGGGCUGGGUGGUAGCGGGUUGCUCUUACACGGCCGCUGCUGAGAGCUCUGCACUCAUUGCUGCCUGCAGCAGCGGCUCUCGGGGGAGCCUUCCCUGGGGCAAGGGUUUGCUUGUGAGCAACCGUAGGGGUUAACACAAAGUACUGUCUCCGCACUGUCAAAGGGUUCCCUCUCGUUCGCCAUCUGUUCGUCCUUACUUCAGUCUACGAGUCCCGUAGGGGAGAGCAGCACAAGUGGCUGCUGCUGUCCCGAGGAAGUUCGAGCUAUGAGGUUGUGAAACUUCCCGAGUAUUGUUUGUUCAUUGCACAGCUGUUCAAAAUGUUUAAUAAAGCUUUAUAAACUUUG